UCAGUUUUGAUGGCAUUCUACGACACUUGGCCGAAGGUAAACCCUGUGAUAAUACUUAUCAUCCUGUGUCUGAUCGUGGUGGUUGACCGCGUCUGGGAGAUGAUUAUUACCAAGAGACAGCAACUGGUGUGCAUGAAUUCGUCAUGUGCCGGAGAGCUGCGGGGCAUCAUUCCCCCGGAGAUAUAUUACCGGGCCCGCAUCUACGAGCUGCACAAAACGGAGCUGCUGAUCUGGAAGCACUUUAUUGAUUUGAAUACACUCCUCGAGCUGUGCCUGGGUUUCUAUCCAUUCCUCUGGGGCCUGGCCGCCAUGACGCUGAAACCAAUCACAGCCUUGGAGAUCUGGGUGAGCCUGCUCUUCGUCUUCUACCUGACCAUCUACAUCUGCCUGCGGUUCCUGCCGGUGCUCAUCUACGACAAGUGUCUUCUAGAACUUCGCUAUGGCCUAGCGGGCAGAUUUCCAUGGUACCUAUAUAUAUUAGUGGGUAUUCUGGCCAUUGUCCUAAGCCAGCUCAUUCCUCCUGUGACGGCGGCCAUUGUGUUUGGCGUCAAGUUAAUUGGAUACUUUUUCUUCCUGUGGUUCUGGCUCUUCUGGGCAGUGUUCACCCUGCUGCUGGUCUUCUUUCUUCCCUACUGCUGUAUUCCGUGCAUUGGGAGACAAGUGGUCCUGCCGGGGGGCACACCACUUUACGAGGAGGUGAAGCGCGUUUGCGAUUGGGUUGGUUUCCCCAUGAAACGGGUGUUCAUCAUCAGGACCAGGUCCAUGCAGUACAGCAAUGCCUACUUCUACGGGAGCUGCUGUCUAAAGAGAAUCGUGAUCUUUGACACCCUUCUGCUGAACAAAGGAAAGGACCCAAGUGAAUUGGCACCCUAUGAGGUUGGUCGAGGGCUGACCAACACCCAGGUGGCAGGCGUGGUGUGCCACGAGCUGGGUCACUGGAAGCACGGCCACUUCUACAAGGCCACGAUCAUCAUGAAGGUGCAUUUCCUUAUUACCAUGAUCCUCUUCGGGUUGUUCUUCCAUUGCCCCCAGUUGUACAUGGCGGUGGGCUUUAAGCCCGGACUCUGUCCCAUAAUAGUGGGCUUCAUCAUUGUCCUGAGAUUCGCCCUCACUCCGUAUCUCACCCUGGCCAAUGUCCUGAUGCUGUGGAAUCUACGGCGCUUUGAGUACGCUGCCGAUCGCUUUGCCCACCGCAUGGGUUACUCCAUACAGCUUAGGAUGGCUCUUGUCAAGAUCUAUGCGGAUCACAUGAGCUUCCCGAUGUACGACAGAUGCUAUGCCAUGUGGCAUCACACUCACCCCACGAUACUACAGAGAUUGGCCUAUCAGGAGAGGCUGGAUGUGAAGGCCAUCCGGGACCUGCAGAGGGCCCCAUAACACCCUGGAGUCACACUACACACUCAGUAGUCCCGAGAGUUUCGUCGCUAUUUGAUUUUUGUCACUGUUUUUGUCAGUUUCUCGAUCAUUUCUAUCAAAUUGCCCGUAUGUCUAGCACGAAAAUUGUCACGACCUGCUGCAGGUCUAUUACCAAAUUGGUGGUCAGCAUCGGCAGCGGGUGAGUAGAGGAUGUCCCAGAGCUUUGAAGCGUUUUUUAUGCGAUCCCUCUUUUAUACUCCGUCUCGGUAAAGCUUUGACGUCAAUAAAAUUCGAGACCCAUAUUACCUAUGAAGAUAACACCGCUCGCUCUUUCUGCACGAACCCCUCCUGGUUUCCAUUCGUGGUGGACUGAUGAAUCUCAGCCUGAUAAGUGAACCAUCAGAAAAAGAUUAUUUCAAGCAGGCGACAGCCUUCUUGAAGAGACAUUUCGGAAGAAAGCCAACUGUUAGGGCCUCCCAGGCCAGCCAGCAGCGCCUUGAGUCGUUGCAGUUGAAUGCCUUGGAGGUCAACAGUGAAGGCAAUUUAGUGGAGGACGAAGAGCAGCGAGAUAUCUGGCAUAGCUGGGGCUUAGAAGAAGUGAAACUACCGCCCAGUCAAUAUGCGGAGAUCAUAGAGUGGAUAGCUCCCAAAACAGAAUCCCUAAGGAUAUCCAAUCGUUCGUGGCACUUGGAAAACUGCAUUGCCUGGCGUUAAUUGUUAGCCACAAAAAUGAAUUGGCCGAGUGCUACUGUCAGCGCAUCAAACAAUUCAUGGACAAGGUCAACACUCUCGUCGACCUAGAAAUGGAACUGGAUGAACCCUCGGUGGACUUCUCGUCUCUGUCUCCUAGGUUGACCGAGAAUGUGUUGUCUGCCAGCGAAUUGCUGAAGGAAUUGAACGAUCUCCUGGACCUUCAAGACAAAGUAACCGCUAUACGAAUGCCAGUUGGAGUACGAAAAUUGAAACACUUCUCGCUAUAGGAGUGCUGACCCCUUAAUGUUUGCAUAGAUUGUAUUUAUUUAUUAUUAAAACAUUUCUGUUGUAUUCUCAUAGUA